CAAAGGGGAGGUCAAGGCUACCGAAGGGGGUGGUUUCUUUCACCCCUUCCAAGGGCCUUAUAAGCCGAGCUGAGAACAAGCAGAUACAAGAAGGGAGGAAGAGACUGAAGUGACAAGAAAGUGCCCCUAGCUGAAAGUGCUGGAAACUAGUGCCCAGAUCAACUCGGCAGCUGUGUGGAAAGCACUCAUCCAAGUAGCAACCCAGUGAGCUCUGCUCCACCGUGGACAUGGAGUAUGAGAAGUGCCCAUGCCACAACGAAGAGAACCAGAAUGCUAUUCUCUACACUCUUCUGAGCCACCGCGGAGGGAGCUGCAGCCCUUCCCAACAGCGCUGCUUGUGCCACAAGCGCCACACAGUCUGCCUUCAGACCCCCCAGGUCACCUGCCAAGCAGCUUCCGACGUCUUGGUGAAGACCAUCAGCUUCAUGAAGAACCUCCCUUCCUUCCAGCUCCUGCCUUGGGAAGACCAGCUUCUGCUGCUGGACAGCUGUUGGGCUCCCCUCUUCCUCCUGGGCCUGGUCCAGGAGAUGGUGACGUUUGAGGUGAUGGAGACUCCGGCUCCCAGCAUGCUGGAGAGAAUCCUCCUCGAUGGCCAGUGCAAGAGGCAGGAGCUGCAGAGGGCACAGCCCACCCUGGCCAGUGUACAGCGCCUGCAGUGCUGCUUGAACGCUUUCUGGAGCCUGGACCUGAGCCCUAAAGAAUAUGCCUAUCUGAAAGGGGCCAUUCUUUUCAACCCCGACGUGCCUGGUCUAAAGGCUUCCUCUUACAUUGAGAGUCUCCAGCGAGAAGCGCAGAGAGCACUCCAAGAAGUUCUAACGCUUCUCCACCUGGAGGAUCAUGGCCGUUUCGCCCACAUCAUGCUGAUCGCCUCCUCCCUGAAGUCCAUCCCUCCCACCCUCAUUACUGACCUUUUCUUCCAACCGGUCAUCGGCAGCACAGACAUUUUCGAGCUGCUUUCCGAAAUGCUGAUGAUGAAGUAGCUCCUUCGGCCGCGACAUCAUGGUGCGAGUCUGGCUUCCGGGGCACCCACUGUAUGCUCUGCUUUGUGCUAAAUUCCAAGAGGCGGCCCAGCUCACCUGGAUCAGACAGAAGAGAGCAUGCAGCAUCCUGACGAUAACUUUCCAGAGAGACAGGCAGCUGCUUAGCAGAUGACUUUGCGCAUGUAGCUCAGAACACAAGAAGGUGACUUAUAGCGCAGCUAUACCUAGUGUCACCAAGUGUUUAGGACAGGUAACAACUGCUAGGCUGGGAGAGGGGGUUGCUGACAAUUGUGUUAAGAGAUUCCUGGCCCUCCCAUGCAGGAUUAUAGCCUCCAGGAUUAAGCUUCCUCCCCUUUUUUAAAAAAAACGUUAUUAGAACUACAUUUGUUGAACUAUGGAACUCAAGCAGAAACUGACCUGCAUUUUCAUGUAUUCAGUAAUGAGUAUGGCGGUCAGUUUCGGAAUAAGUUCCAUACUUUGUAUUCUGAUCCAGAUGCGGAUCCUUUGAAGUCAAUUGGAGACAGGUUCUCAGAAGGUUUUGAUAUGAGCUGGCAUCAAAUACUGGGCGUUCUUGUCUAAGAAUCAUAAUGUCCCCCUUGUAUAUGUGUUCGGACUAUUUUUCUCUAAUGCCUAGAGGCUGACUGGAAAAGAAAGAUGCCUUUGAACAUAUAUGCAGCAGGAAAUGGCCAGAUGGUUUUCGUUCUGAACCUGCUGAUGGCUGCCUGACCUCCCUUAUAUGCCCUGAAUUGUAAUACUCCAAGAGUAAUGAUACAGAAGAAAACAAGAUGGGUUUCCUCAUAUGACCCCCAUUCUGUGUAAAUCAUUAUGAUACAGUACAGUUUCUAGUUUGGUUUGGGGCCCUAUCCUCUAUUCAACCUUUGCUUCCCGUGACAUCUAAUACAGCUUGGCCAGAAACCUUAAUUCCUCUUAACCACUAUACAUUCACACAUUGUCAGGUCUUGGGACAGUGGAAAAGGUGAUCCAUGGACACUGGCAGGCAGAGACAUAUCAAAGGGCUGUUCAGACAACAUGCUAAGCCGUGGUUAGGCCGCUAACCCUUUUUCAGCAAAUGGUUAGUGAGUGUGUUUAAACCACGUUUAUGUAGCCACCACAGCUAGGAAUGAUUCACAUGACACAUUAAGCCAUGGUUCACACUAAGCCAUAAUGUUUAGCUCAAAAUGCUUAACCACCGUGGCUUAGCAUGUUAUCUGAACAUCGUCAAUCUAUUCCAUAACCAGUCUGAUUUCCCCAGAUUUCUGGCUAUAUUCAUGUGAGUUGCCCAAUGGGGUGACUUCCCCUCUCUCCGGAUCAUAGUGCUCUUCUAUGCAGGGUUGUAACAUCUUUGCACAGACUUCUGAUGUCAGUAUUUUGUGAGUGGGUGCUUCCUGGCGAUGUGUAUGUAAUAAGAUAUUCUAAGUUAUUAUUUUUUUAAAAAAAAACCAAACAAAUAAAAAUGUUUUUGCAGUUUGGA